CAUAGAAUAGGAAUUUCCAUCUUGUACAAAUCAUUUCCAAGACUGAAAGAAGUGAGAUAUAUAAAGCUGGAAAUGUGUGUGUAUUAUAUCAGUUGGUAUCUUUCAAGAGUUUAAAGGGAUUGUCCAUCUGUUUGUAGAAACUUUUAAAUAUCCUGGAAUAUGGUGGAAGCAGUACUAAUAGAUCUGUUCAACCUCCCGGAGAACUUGCAGAACAACAUCCAAGGAUUACUAUGCAACACACUGGAAACUAUUGAGAAAUGCUCUUCCAUCCAUGCUCCAUUUGUUUAUGUCAUGUGUUGCCAGAGGCAGGGGAGUGAAAGGAAAGGUGAACAAGAGUUCUUGCUUCCAGCUCUGGGAGGUUUUCAGAGUCUGAAGAGAAAACUGGAGGUGGUAUGUGCUCUGACUACAGCUGCUGCUUUGUACACCAUCAAACAGAGACUGGAUGAAAAAGACCUAAGCAUCAUUAAAGUUAUUCUCCCUACCUUAAGAAAAGACUUAAUGAAAGCAUAUAUAGACCAUCUCUUUACAGCAGUCUACCAGUUUGAAUAUGAGGAUUUACAGGUGGCAUCUGACUCUGAAAACCUACCUGAACCUCAGGGUGAAGGGCAAACACUUCCUUCACAGGACAUGGCACUCAUUCAAAGUGAGAUUCAGAGGCACUUGGAAAGCCUGCCAAGCCUGAAAGGGGAGCUCACCAUCCUCAGAUCCUCCCUGAUUCCAGAUGAUAUCUUCCUGCAUGGCUUCACCACAAGGACAGGUGGGAUCUCAUAUAUACCAACUCUAAGCUCCUGCAAUCUCUUCAGCAGUUCCAAGCGGAGAGACCCACAAGUUGUUGUUAAAGAAAAUCUCCGUCGGCUAGCUAAUGCUGCAGGAUUUAACCCAGAGGCUUUUCACAGAGUUAAGGUUAAUCACGCUAAUGCUGUGUGUAUUAUGGGAAAGACAGAGCCUGACAGCUAUGAUGGAAUAGUUACGAAUCAGAAAGGUGUUACGUUAGCAGCUCCAGGUGCUGAUUGCAUACCCGUUCUAUUUGCUGAUCCUGUCAGAAAAGCCUGUGGUGCUGCUCAUUCUGGAUGGAAAGGCACGUUGUUAGGAGUGUCUAUGGCCACAGUAAAUGCUAUGGUAUCUGAAUAUGGCUGUAACGUGAAAGAUAUCCUUGUGGUGCUGGGCCCAUCUGUAGGACCUUGCUGCUAUAAACUUCCUCAUGAAUCAGCAGAAGAAUUUCACAGAAUUGAUCCGAAGUGUGUGAGACUAUUUGACUCUGCAAAUCCUUAUGUUGAUAUUAGAAGAGCAACACGGAUUCUUCUUGAGAGAGGAGGGGUUCUUCCCGAAAACAUCCAAGAUGAUUCUAUCACAGACCAGAACCAAAAUGUCACUUUCUGUACUACAUGCCACCCUGAUAAAUUUUAUUCUCACGUUCGUGAUGGCGCCAACUUUGGAACACAGAUUGGCUUCAUAUCAAUCAAAGACUAAGACAGUGUCUCUUACUCUGGAAUAGUAUUAAGAGAAUAAGUGUGCCACAUUGUCUGGCAUUCUGCUCUCCUCAUAGAAGUUCUUCCUCCUUCCUUUCAAUGCCUUGCAAUAAGGAAUUCAUGGGUCUUGAGAUUCUCGUGCUUCUUCCCUUCCCUGCCACUCUGAGGCAAGAAUAAAUAUCUAGGGUGUGUGACAACAAUUCUUGUGUGAGACAGGGUGCAAAGGAAACAAGGACAAGCCACACAACUGGCAAAGCCCUUCUGCAAGACCAGAUGCAAGCUCCACAUUUAUGGAUCCUCCUUGACGAAGUAUUUUGCAGAAACUUCACUAUUUUAAGGUGGUGAAAGCACAAAAAACUCCAGUCUUCACUAAAUUCUGGGUGAUACUGUUGAAUGAAGUUAAGUAUGACCUGAGUAAUAGAGGAAGAGAAGCCUGUAUGGCAUCUUAACUGUUUGAGAACACUCAACUUGGGUAGUUUCAGCUGAAGCCUUACAGAAUUUUGUGCAUAGGACUGAUUUUCUACUUUGGAUUACUUUAAAGAAGAGCUCCAAAACACUUAAAAGACUUUUCCUAUGGAAAAUAACUUGAAAGUGAGAAGCAAGCAAACUGCUUUUGGGGCAGACAUUGAAAAUAUAUGAACAUUCACUAUUCUGUACUUUUUGAUUGUAAUAAAAAUAGGGCUAAGACUCUUAA